UGGCGCUUGCGGCUCUGCACGACGAGAACCGCCGCAGCAACUUCAGUAAAAAAUGAAGGAGUCAGCACUUGAGUAUCAACUACACUGGCCAUCAACCACCAGCUUUCCGCACAGAAACACCUGCCGGAGCCAUGAGAGUUCGCGGAUUCGCUGUUCAUAACCUCGCGUCCUUGGUACGACCAGCUUGUCGGCUUCAGCAGUGGUCCACGAGAGUCCCCAGACCUAGCCUUGAGCAGACUGGCCUCAGAAAGAUAUCUUCCACGGUCAGAGGCGAGUCAGGCCGCGAGUACAUCAUCAAGGAAGUGCUCCGAAGAAAGUGGCCGAACAAGCCUGAGUACAACAUUUACCGUGCAGAAUGCCAAGGAGAGUCAUACGUUGCAAAGGGCGUGUCGCCUUCCAUCUUGAACCUCUCACAGGAACUAAGGAAAGAAUUUCCCGACAGCCAUCGCCUUCGGAUGCAUGUUGAUCACAACGAGAAGGAGCAUGUCUUGGUGUACAAAUACUACAAGCACACAUUCCUAGCACUCCUAACCCAGUAUCCAGAUUUCCAACCUGAAGAAAUCAAGAAGAUUUUACGAUGUACGGCAGAGGCUGUCAAAGAGCUUCACGAUAAGGACUGGAUACAUAUAGAUGUGAAGCCUGACAAUAUCCUUAUCGGUUGGGCACACGACGGCCGGGGACAGCCGAGAGUAGAAAAGGUUGCUUUGGGUGACUUUGACCUGGCCCUGAAACUGGUUGACGAACAGCCGCUACGGGGUCCUCACGCAGUAGGCAACGUCAUGUGGAGGAGCCCAGAAGGCCAGAGUGGGAAAGGGGUUGCCAAAGCCUCGGAGAUAUAUUCACUUGGGCUUGUGUGCAUCUACGGCCUUGGAGGUGGCUCCAUGUUGAUCCUGGAUGAUGAAACCAUACAACAGCUGAGAGACGAAGGCAUACCUUCAAGGCUAGAAAUCGUGGUUCGGCAUUUCAUGUAUUUUGGCCCGCUUCCAGAUGGCCUUUUGGAGCAUGUCGACGAUGAUGACUGGACUAGGCUUUUCCGUCUUGCCUCUGAGCUCGCGGAGACAGGGGCAGCGGAAGGCCCAGCCUGUAGGUUCGAGCAAUGGUCGGUGGAUAAUGCCCCGCAUCUUACUCCAGCAGCCAAGGAUAUGAUAAAAAACAUGAUGCGGCUGGAUCCAGCCCAGAGAGUGAGCAUUGAUAGGGUCCUGGAGCAUCCAUGGUGGUGA